AUGGAGUAUAUCAAGAUUGCCAAGCAUGUUUUGUCGCAGGUUGACGAUGUUGUGAUGCACAAAAAAGGCGUUUCCGCCAACGGAACUUUGCAUUUGACUACACAUCAUUUAAUAUUUGCAUCGGCACUUUUUGCCCGGGAAUUUUGGUUUGCUUACCCAACAAUUGGUUCUGUAUUUAAGAAUAGAGGAAGCACUUUAAUCUCUAAAUACAAAAACCAUUCCGACUGUGAAGAUCCUCUAUAUGAGGACAAAGACAUGUGGCAGUUUUGGAAUAUCAAGAUCAUUGGUAAGGACUACACCGUCUUUUCCCUGGACUUUGAGGACGAGCGGUUGGCGCAGGACGUCUACGACUCGAUGCUCAAACUUACGGUGCUACACGAAGCUACACAACUCUACGCUUUCAUCUACCCUUCGAAUAGGGCCGAACAGCGGUUUAACAGCUGGGAGAUCUACGAUCCCGUCAAGGAGUUUCAGAGGCAGGGCAUAAGUUUUGGCAAAAACUGCCCCUGGAGGCUUUCAAGCAUAAACCAGGACUAUACGUUCUGCAAAACUUAUCCAAAAGUCUUGGUGAUACCGAGCACAAUUUCAGAUACUCUACUUACCCAUUCCAUGAAAUAUAGGUCGCAAAGUCGUAUCCCGGCUCUCACAUAUUAUCAUCGGAGGACGCGAGCUUCCAUCACAAGGUGUGCGCAACCCUUGCCAGGUCUAAUUCAGCAAAGAUCUGUCCAAGAUGAAAAGCUGGUAUCUGAAAUCUUCAACUGUUCUUUGAUGGCCGACCGUUCACACUCGAGGGCAGUCAAAAACAUCAUCGUGGACGCCAGGCCGACUAAGAAUGCCAUGGCUCAAACCGCUUUGGGAGGCGGCACAGAAAAUAUGGAUAAUUAUAAUUUUGGCGGGACGGUAAGUCGUAUGUUUCUCGGCAUAGACAAUAUUCACAUCAUGAGAGACAUGCUCAACAACGUUGUCGACAAUUUUUUGGUGGACAGCGACUUGAAUUUACCUAUCGAUGUUCAUGCACUCAACGAGGGCAAAUCCGCGCACUGGCUAAAAUAUGUCAGGAUGCUACUAUCUUCUACAGAUACGCUAGCAAAGUCCAUGCUUUUCAAUGAGUCGAACAUACUAGUUCACUGCUCAGAUGGGUGGGACCGAACAACUCAGGUUUGCUCACUUGUUCAAAUUUGUCUCGACCCACAUUUUCGAACCUUUGAGGGGUUCAUGAUACUAAUCGAAAAGGAUUGGCUGUCAUUUGGUCACCGCUUUGCUGAACGAACUGGUCAUUUGAGUUCAGAGAGUUCUUUCCAUGAUAAUUCUGCAAGAAUGAGCAUAUCUGGAGCUGCUACGAAUAUGACACAAGGAAUCGAUCUGAAUGCUUCCUUAUUCGGCUUUUCGAAUAGCGCAAGCAAUAAUAAUAAUAACAAGAACAACAACAACAACAGCAUUUACGAUAGGACAGAGAUAGCAAAUGGAGAACUAGCCGAUCUAAAUUUCGCUUCUCAAUUGCACUCGACAGAUAUUGUCAGCAAGGUCUCAAAAAAAUUAACCACCAAGAAAUCAUCAAAAUUCACCUCGCCCGUGUUCCAGCAAUUCUUGGAUUGCGUAUAUCAAUUGCACAGACAAAAUCCAUCAAAGUUUGAAUUUAACGAACGAUUUUUGAGACGUUUGGUUUAUCAUCUCUAUUCCUGCCAGUACGGAACCUUUUUGUUCGAUUCAGAACAGGAAAGAGCCAGUCAAGACGCUCAGCAUAAAACAAGGAGUGUUUGGGAUUAUUUUAGGUCGAGAAAAGCCGAAUUUACCAACGCCGAUUACAAAACUACGGACAUCGAUGAUGACGACUGGAUCCUGCCUGACUUGAAGAACAUUGCAUGGUGGUGGCAGCUUUUUGGUAAGAGGAACGAAGAGAUGAAUGUGGCUACAACUUCUUCAGCCGAAAGACCCUGCUCAGCGGAGGAGAACAAAAGAGCCGGACUGAAAUUUCCCUCUUUAAAUCUGGACAUUUUUGGCAGGAGAUGA